AGAUCGCACCACUGCACUCCAGCCUUGGCGACAAAGAGUAAGACUCCAUCUCAAAAAAAAAAAAAAAAUUCAAAACCCAUCAAGUUGGGAUGUUUAGUGCUGGGCUUCAGGAAGAGUAGGCAGGAGGGUAGUAUGGGAGGUUUCUAGGAGUCACUUCUGGAAGUGGCGCUUCCCACAGAUGCUCCAUUGCACUGACUGGAACUUGGUCACUUGACCACACCUAGCUGCAAAGGAUGCUGGGAAAUGUGGUUCCCUGUUGGGAGGCCACUUCUGGGCUUCAAGCCUUCACUGUGAAUGGAGCUCACAGAUUUUCUAAAAAUUGACAUUAAAUGAACCAGACUUGGCCCCCAGGAUCUGGCUCACUGCAACCUCUACCUCCUGGGUUGAAGCAAUUUUCCUGCCUCAGCCUCCCGAGUAGUAGCUGGGAUUACAGGCACACACCACCAUGCCCGGCUAAUUUUUGUAUUUUUUAGUAGAGUUGGGGUUUCACCAUGUUGGCCAGGCUGGUCUCAGAACUCCUAACCUCACAUGAUCCGCCCGCCUCAGCCUCCCAAAGUGCUGGGAUUACAGGCGUGAGCCACCACGCCUGGCCUCAAUAUUUCUCUUUCUGGGUAUUUGAGUAUGAUAUUAUAUAUGAUGAUUAUUAGGCAGCCCAUUGCAUAGGAAGAUUAGCUAAAUCUGUUCUGAGGAAUAUUUAUCUUCAAUAUAGUUCUAUAACGACAACAUUCUUUUUUUGAAUACUGGUCUCGGGUGCCUAAUGAUAGAAGGGUGACAUCAUUAAGGAACCCUGGAAAGUCCCUCUUUCCACGUGAUCCCACGGAUGCAAAUAGCUCUGGGUGAGCUUGGGAACAGCUGAAAAAGCUGGAGCAACCGAGCAGGGCCCACAAGCCGAGGAGGGCUGUAUAAAAGCGCAGGGGGCAUUUUACCUCCAGGUUGGCCCUGCUCAGGACCAGGAGGAAACACCUCCAGCCCGCGACCUCCCCCCACAGCGGGAAAAGGAAAGCAGGAGGACCACAGAAGCUUUGGCACCGAGGAUUCCCGCAGUCUUCACCCACUGAGAUCCCGGCUGAACGAGCUGUGCAGCGACUACAUCGCUAAGCCCAGGGAGCCCAGCCCUCUGCUCCGGAUUCCCGAGCACCCAGCUCCAUUGCGCAUGCGCACAAGCCCCAGACCAGACUCAGGAGGACUGAGUAUUUUCUGACCGCAGUGCACCAUGGGAAGCUCUGAGGUUUCCGUAAUUCCUGGGCUCCAGAAAGAAGAAAGGGCGGCUGUGGAGAGACGAAGACUUCAUGUGCUGAAAGCCCUGAAGAAGCUACAUAUUGAGGCCGAUGAGGCCCCAGUUGUUGCUGUGCUGGGCUCAGGCGGAGGACUGCGGGCUCACAUUGCCUGCCUUGGGGUCCUGAGUGAGAUGAAAGAACAGGGCCUGUUGGAUGCUGUCACAUACCUCGCAGGGGUCUCCGGAUCCACUUGGGCAAUAUCUUCUCUCUACACCAGUGAUGGUGACAUGGAAGCUCUCGAGGCUGACCUGAGACAUCGAUUUAACCGACAGGAGUGGGACUUGGCUAAGAGCCUACAGAAAACCAUCCAAGCAGCGAGGUCUGAGAAUUACUCUCUGACUGACUUCUGGGCCUACAUGGUUAUCUCCAAGCAAACCAGAGAGCUGCCGGAGUCCCAUUUGUCCAAUAUGAAGAAGCCCGUGGAAGAAGGGACACUACCCUACCCGAUAUUUGCAGCCAUUGACAACGACCGGCAACCCUCCUGGCAGGAGGCAAAAGCACAGGAGACCUGGUUCGAGUUCACCCCUCACCAUGCUGGCUUCCCUGCACUGGGGGCCUAUGUUUCCAUAACCCACUUCGGAAGCAAAUUCAAGAAGGGAAGACUGGUCAGAACUCACCCUGAGAGAGACCUGUCUUUCCUGAGAGGUUUAUGGGGAAGUGCCCUUGGUAACACUGAAGUCAAUAGGAAUUAUAUUUUUGACCAGUUAAGGAAUCUUCUGACCCCAAGAGGAGGUUUAUGGAGAAGAACUGUUGCAGGUGUUAAAAACAUUGGACACCUUGUUUUUGCCCUGUUACUGAGGCUGCAACAAAGUUUGCAAAGGGAACGUCCUGCCCUGAAAGAUGAAGGCAGUGAGCCUAAUUACAACUGGCUGACUGAGAUGCUCGAGAAUUGGACCAGGACCUCCCUGGAAAAGCAGGAGCAGCCCGAUGAGGACCCUGAAAGUAAAGGCUCAGUCAGUGACUUUUUGGAUUUUGUGAGAAAAACAGGCAUUUGCGCUUCCAAGUGGGAAUGGGGAACCACUCACAACUUCCUGUACAAACACGGUGGCAUCCGGGACAAGACAAUGAGUAGCCGGAAGCACCUCCACCUGGUGGAUGCUGGUUUAGCCAUCAACACUCCCUUCCCACUUGUGCUGCCCCCGACUCGGGAGGUUCACCUCAUCCUCUCCUUCGACUUCAGUGCCGGAGAUCCUUUCGAGACCAUCCGGGCUACCACUGACUAUUGCCGCCGCCACAAGAUCCCCUUUCCCCACGUAGAAGAGGCUAAGCUGGAUUUGUGGUCCAAGGCCCCCGCCAGCUGCUACAUCCUGAAAGGAGAAACUGGACCAGUGGUGAUGCAUUUCCCCCUGUUCAACACAGAUGCCUGUGGAGAUGAUAUUGAGGCAUGGAGUGACACAUACGACACAUUCAAGCUCGCUGACACCUACAUUCUAGAUGUGGUGAUGCCACUCUUGGCAUUAGCCAAGAUGAACGUCAGGGAAAACAAGAAGAAUAUCCUUAGAGAGAUGAGGAACGCGGCCAUGUAGGUGGGAGACCAUAAUCACUCUGAUGCCUAUACUCAUUCUGCUCUAUUACCCGAAGCGUUAUGCCCAAAGUUGCUCCUUGGUGUAGAUGAGCCUCAGCUUCCAGGGCAGUAUGGGCCUGUUGGUCUACCAGGGCCCUGAUGUCCACCUGGCCUUCCCUGUUCUUCACUCCCUUCAGCCACACGCUUCAUGGCCUUGAGUUCACCUUGGCUAUCCUAACAGGGCCAAUCACCAGUGACCAGCUGGACUGUGAUUUUGAUAGCAUCAUUCAGAAGAAGGUGUCCAAGGAGCUGCAGGUGGUGAAAUUUGUCCUGCAGGUCCCUUGGGAGAUCCUGGAGCUGGAGCAUGAGUCUCUGACAAUCAGAAAUAUCAUGUCCAAUGUCCAGGUAGCCAAAAUGAAUGUGGUAGAUCAGACCAGUGCCUUUAACUGCUCCUUUAUUACUGCACUUCCAGCCAGUAGCUCUGUAGAAGUUAGCUCUGUAGAAGCAAGAGCUGGGGUUUAAGUCAUGGUCUGUCUCUCCAGCCAAGUGGAGCUCUGAGAAUACAACAGGUGCUCAAUAAAUGCUUGCUGAUUAACUGAUGGA